AUGGCAUCAAGGACCAAUUUUGAUGUUGUCAUGGUGAUUAAGAAAUACCACAUCAAGGGGAAGCAGAUAAGAGAUGUCUGUAAUAACUCGGAGACCGUCGUCAUGGUUACGUCGGAAGGGCGUGUCUAUGCGUGUGAUGUGUCAGAUGUCAGCAAACAGCAUAAAUAUGUCAGGGUGAAUUUUCCGACAUCCGGAGCGGCCGACGACGACGCAAUCAUGAACGUGAGCUGCGGCCGUUCUCACUUUCUCGCGCUCUCUGCCCGUGGUCGCGUUUACAGUUGGGGUAAGAAUGAUAACGGGCAACUCGGACGUUCUUAUGACAUGUAUGAGAAACAAAGACCUAAUCAGGUCCAUCAAGGACAGAAGGAGGAGAAACACACUCCAAGGCUUAUCACUGAACUUUCAAACCAAAAGGUCAUCAAAAUAGCAUGUGGGCAUGACCACUCCCUCGCCCUUACACGAGGAGGGAGCUUGUAUUCUUGGGGAAGAACUAAGGUGAAGCGACGUACCCGAUGUCCGACUUUAGUCGAAGGUCUUCCGAGUGGUAUGGUAAUUCAACAUAUUGCCACUGGGGGCGCUCACACCCUCGUUGUUUCCGAUGCUGGUGAUGCAUAUGUUUGGGGCUUUGACGCAGACGGACAACGCAAACAACUGAAGCAAAACGAUGAGGAAUUUCCUGCGUUUGUUAAGAAGGGAGUGAAGAACGCCACCUGUACUAACAACUCUACGGCUCUCCUGCACGAGGUAGGAAUUAAUAGACGACAUCAAUUAAAGUCAGUCGAUCAUGUCAAUGGAUCAUUGCAAGAUUGA